AUGACGACCUCAUUUGGCUCCGUCUCCAGCGGGGGCGCCGGUGGCGACGGCAUCGGCGGCCCCUCUGAGCCAAACUACUCGCAUGGCACUCAGAGCUCGAUUUCGAGCGCCACCGGCUACCCCUACCUCGGCAUCACCUCCCACGACAGCUCCAUGUCGCUGGCCUACGCCAACAACACCCCCUCGUCCCACAGCACCGCGCUGCCAGACCGCCCGCAACCUUCACCCGCAGUCGGCGGCGGGUCUGGUGGGUUCAACAUUGCAGAGGGUUCCAGCUCGAGUCAGGUCCUGAUUGCGAGUGUGGUGCAGAGGCUCGUCAAUCGCCUGCCAUGCAACUCGGGAUGGCGCCUCUCGGCACUGAGGGAGGACGAGCUGGUGCGGGCGAGCGUAGCGACGUUGGUCGGCUUCAGUCGCUUCCAGCUCUUCGCCGUCAUCCGUGAGCUGCUGGCCGCACUCGAGGGCCUCAACCGCUCCAGCGGUCAGCAGGGCGGCGCCGGCGCCGACGAGAAGCUGUCGGUGGCGCUGCUGCAGUCGCACCUCUUCAUGCUCAAGGUCCUGGUGUCGUGCAUGAUUCACCACUGGCGGUGCUCGUGCCGCGACAGCCCACCGGCGCCGCAGGCGGGCCUUCAGCAGCAGGAUCCGACGUCGUCGCUGCCCCAGGGCUGGCGCGAUCCGCCGCCGAUGGACGACACCCAGGCCAAGUACGUGCUCAGCGUCAUGACCACCUUUAUCAAGCAGACGGCGGCGCGCGAGGAGGCCGUGCAUCUCGGCGCCCUCGACGGCCAGGACCCUUCCUCGUCGUCGUCCAAGGGCAGCAGCGGGGGCGGGAGUGGUGGUGGCGGCGUCGGAGGCAAAGGCGACUCACACGGCGGCCGGUCGAUGCCCUCGGAGCGCUCGCUGCGGGAGCUCGACAUGCGCGGCCAGACGACGAGCUUCUCGAGCACCAAGAGCUACGGUCGCUCCGGUCGAGACGACGGCGAUGCCAAGGACUCGGACCAUGCGUCGAUCCAUGAAAAGACGCCCGAGAUCUUCACGCCGAGCUCGCUGGCGCUGGCCAACGGGUCCAGCCUCUUUAUCCUCUACCCGGCUUUUCCGCCGACGCGCUCGCCGUUCGACCUGCCCGAGCACCGCGGCGGCGUCAGCGGCGCGCGGAUCGGCGAGUCGGCGCGGCGCGAGGGUGUCCCGCGCUUCAACCCGGACUCGUGGCAGUCGACCAUGACGCUCGACCGCGAAGGCGAGAGCUUCGACAACGCCAGCUACCUCUGCACCGCAGUCUACCGCAUGGCGAGCCAGGUCGUCUUCUACCUCAGCGCGAGCAACUGGGUCGUCGUGUUUGCACGCUUCCGCAACCGGCUGGCCUACCUCAGCUCCACCGCCGAGGAGUCGCCCAACACGAUCGAGCUGCGCCUGCUCGAGUGCUCCAAUCUCCACCGCGUCCGCCUCUCCAACGUGGUCCAGGAGCUCUGCACGUCGUUCCUCCACCUCAAGCGGCCGGCGCAGUACACGGUCGCGCUCGUGCUGCGCCGCGCCGUCUGGUCGUGGAUCCAGUACCACCCGCUCGAAUUUUCCAAUCUCUCGCUGUCGAGCCGCCGCCUCGAGGGCGGGCCCGACGUCCUGUUUGACCAGGUGCUCAGCCUGGCCGAGUCGACGCGCAAGAAGCUCGCCUUCUGGCCGCUGCUGACGACGCUCCUCAUCCUGUGCCCGGACGUGAUCGGCAAGGCCGUGGUGGGCGAGGGGCGCAAGGGCGGCGGCAGCCUGCCCAAGAAGCUCAACUUCCUCGAGACGCUGCGCAAGAACGCCAAGAACAGCAAGCUGGGCGACAUUGUCGCCCUCUGCUGCGUCGACAUCUGCAAGGCGGCCGCGUGCACGCCGCGCUCCGACACGGGCCUCCGGCUGCUGGUGCCCGACUUUGAAGCCGACCUCAAGGACAAGCUCUUCGACCCGCAGAGGCCGCUGGUCAACUCGAGCAAGCAGGUCGAGAUCGCCCUCAUGAUUGACUUUUUCGUCGCCAUCUACCGCCUCGACCCGUCCAAGGCGAUGCGCGAGCUGGUGCCCAUCUGCAUGGCCGACAGCAGCCCGGCGGCGUUCAAGGUGGCGCUGGUCAAGGCGUGCGUGCUCAUGGCCAGCGAACGCGACCGGCUGCCGUGGAGCCCCGACGUGAGCCUGCUCUACCCUCAGAUCGGCCGCGUGCUCCGCAACACGUUCAAGGACAUGGUCUACCGCCUGCCGCGCAAUGACGGCGGCCGCGAUGCGGCGACGGCGGGCUCGGCAUCGUCGAUCAAGGGCGACAAGCGCACCGCGUCGCGGACCGCAGCCGCCUUCAACCGCACGGGGGCCGUCAGCAUCGACGAGGGCGCUGGGCGCCACGAACUGCUGCAGGCCAUCCUGCAGCUGUGGCUGUUUGACAUCAAGGCGGCCUCGCACGGCCUCAGCUUCGAGCACUCGACGUCGAUCCAGACCCUGUGCGGCUCGGCGCCGUUUGACCGCGAAAAGGCGCUGCGCGCCUCGCUCCAGGUCGACAGCGUCCUCUCGCUCAUCUACACCAUUGCCGUGCUCCUCGACACGCCGCACAAUUACGUCGCGUACCGCACCAGCGCCGGCUCGAUCCUCUCGCACCUCUUCGACACCGCCUCUUCCGACGAGUCGCUCGCCCGCUUCCUCCGCCACGCCGUCGAGUCGUGGCGCUCGUGUGCGCCGUGCAUCAUGCAGCUGAUCGGCGAGCGCCUCAUCUUCAGCGAAGGCACCUCGAGCCAGCGUCCCAGCCUCGACUACCUCAAGCUCGGCAUCAUGCGGCAGCUCAAGCUCUUCAACGGCUUUGUCGAGCCGGCGGGCGCCGAGGGCGGCGCGGGCGGUGUCGUGGCCGCGGGCAAGCUGCCGGCGACGGCCGGCACGCCGACCGUGGUGCUCGAGAUCGCGCUGCUGCUGACGAUCUGCUCGAGCGACACCGACGUCUGCUCGGCGGCCAUGCAGUGUGCCGGCGUCCACGCCGACCUGCGCCGCUCGCGCCACCUUGGGCCCGGCGCCGGCGAGGCGCGGCCGGACGUCGCCGAGUGGGACCGUUUCUUCUCGGAGCUGGCCGAUCCCACGUUUGUCCAGACCGGGCGCAUCGCGCAGCAGAAACGCAUCCGGUCGCUGCUGCGCGACAUCCGGACGCCGUCGCUGGCCAGCUGGAUCGCGUGGAAGCAGGCCUACCGGCGGUGGGCGGCGCUGACCCAGGUCGUGGCGCGGCCCAUCGCCGACGACAGCGGCGACUCGGCCCAGGAAAAGGCGGCGCAGUGGCACAACUUCGCCGGCUUCCUGUGCGCGUUUGGGGGCGCGUGCAUCGGCGACGAGGCGGUCCUGUCGGGCGGGGCGGCCGACGACGUGGCCAGGCUGCUGCCGCGGCUCGCCGACAACGAGCAGCCGGCGCCGCUCAUCGAGCGCUUCCUCCAGGAGAUGGUCGACCUGCUCGUCUCGGACUCGCUGUGGGUGCGCGAAAAGGCAAAGGAGACGCUCGGCCUCGACCUCGGGCACCGCCUCAACGACAUCCUGCUCCGCCAGAUCCACGCCGUGCUGAGCGACUUUUUCGAUAAGGACACCGGCUACCCAAAGACGGCCGACAUGUACACCGUCUUCGUCGAACAGAGCAUCGGUGUCGUGUCGAUGGUGCUCGGCCGCAUGUCGGACGCUGGCGUGGGCGGCGGAAGCGGUGGCGGCAGCGUCGAGGGGACGGCGUCGAGCGUCGACAUCGGCUCGCUCAUGGUGCUCUACGUCGAGUACGCCAACUCGCUCGGCCGCGGCGAGCAGGCGCUGAGGAUCAAGGUGUCGAUGUGCCAGAUGUGCGAGGCGCUGAUGAAGCGCAAGGCCCACUUUGCCUUCACCAAUGAAUUGCGCGUGCGCAACCGCCUCUUCCAGGCUCUCACCACCUGGACCUCGGACCCGGCCGACGACAUGCCUGUCCUGGACAAGCUCGAACGGCUGCAGCGCGAGCUCGACGUGUCGUGCCUCAAGUGCAUCUCGAUCUUCCUCGACCGCCUGCCACUGCUGCUGGCCGACGAUGCGCUGCUGCUCGACGACAAGGUCGAGUGGGCAAGGACCCGCCAGUUCUCGCUCUACUUCAACUACUUUAUCAAGAUCCUCAACCGUGCCAGGAUCUCGGAGGCGGCCGCCAACGAGCGGAGCAUCCAGCAGCAGCAACAACAACAACAGCAGCAGCAGCAGCAGCAGCAGCAACACCAGCAGAAUCAGCAGCAGCAGCACAAGGGAGGCUACGGCGCCGCGUCGUCGGCAUCUGCGGCUGCGACGACAGCGGGGCGCAACACCGGCAAGGAUGCUGGGCGGAGCUUCGGCCCGCUGCGCGAGUCGGCCAUCCUGGCGCUGUCGAACCUGCUGGCGUCCAACAUCGACAGCGGCCUGCACAGCUCGCUGCCGCUGGCCUAUCACGAGGACACGCGGAUCCGCACGGCCUUCAUGCAGAUCAUGACCAACGUGCUCAACCAGGGCACUGCCUUUGACGAGCUCGAGCGGCUCGGCGCCAAGCACCGGCAGAGCCGGCUGGUGGAGCUCGUGUGCGGGCGCGACCUGCAGCUGGCGCUGUCCAUCUGCCAGGUCUGCCGCGGCUGGGACGUCGAGCAGCUCGACACGGUCCUGCUGAGCAUCUUUGACUCGCAGGGCGGCAUCAUCCGCUUCCUCAAGGCGGCGCUGGCCGAGGAGAUCCAGAUGACGACGACCGAGGAGAUGGUGUUCCGCAGCAACUCGUUCCGCACCCACCUGCUCUCGACGUUUGCGCGCACCCACGGCUACGAGUACCUCCGCUCCAUCAUGGCGCCGCUCAUCUCGCAGAUGGCCGAGAAGCCCAAGGGCUGGUCGUUUGAGAUCGACCCGACGCGCCUCGAGCCGGGCGAGAGCGCCCACCGCAACCAGGCCCGGCUCGAGGAGAUGGCGCAGGCCUUUAUCGACGCCAUCUGCUCGUCGGCCCACCGCGUGCCCGCGGUGCUGCGCGAGUUGUGCCGCCACAUCCGCCACCUGAUGGACGAGCGCUUCCCCGCCUCGCGCUACCAAGGCGUCGGUGGCCUCAUCUUCCUGCGCUUCAUCAGCCCCGCCGUCGUCGCGCCCCAGAUCAUCGACAUCAACCUCACCGGCCCGGGCAAGGAGCUGCGCCGCGGCCUGCUCCUAAUCAGCAAGAUCCUCGUCACGCUCGCCAGCAACAACCUCUUCCCCAGCCACAAGGAGCCCUUCAUGACGCUGCUCAACGACUUCCUCAAGAACAACGUGUGGAAGGUGACGGCCUUCCUCGACCAGGUCUCGGACGCGCGGACCGACCCGGACCGCCUGUUCGCCGCCGACCAGCCGCUCGGCCACGGCAUCCACCCCUACGGCUACGGCGUCAACCAGCACGAUCAGGCGGUGUUGCACAGGUUCCUCUUUGACAAUGUCGACAAGAUCGGCAAGGACCUGCUGGCCCGGGUCGAUGCUGCACCCGCCCCUGCCGCCGCACCACCGGCCGCCGACGACAUCGACGGCGACGAGGAAGACGAGUUCGUCGACGACGACGAGGGAGGCGCGGGCGCGGGGACCAACAGGGGCGGCCGGCGGCUGCUGGCUCGGCGCUCCGGAUCCGGCGAGUCGCCGCUGCGCGACGGCAAGCGGACCUACGACGAGCUGUGCCACGCCCUCGCCGAGGCGGGCGACCCCAAGAUCGACGAGCCGCCGGACCUCGCGUUUGGCGGCGGCAACUUCCAGGAGUUCCUGCGGCGCAACAGCGGGCGCAACAUCGACGAGGAGCUCUACCGAUCGGUCUUCUACGAGGGACCGCCGUCCAAGGCCGGGCGCCCGGUGCUCUACUACAACUUCCGCAACCAGGCCGCCGAGACCAUCGACUUUGAGGGGCUCAUCCUCCACUCGCUUCAGGUGCUGGAAAACUACAGCAACCGCCAGUUUGACAUGCUCGUCGACCUGACGGCCUGCGGACAGGAGCACAUGACGCCGCCGCAGUGGAUGCUCUACUUUAGCUCGAUGGUGCCGCGCAGCGUCAUCAACAACCUCGUCAAGCUCUACGUCCUCAACGUCAACACGGCCGCCAAGGUCUACUGCCGGUCGUGGUGCUCGCCGUCGGGGUCGUCGUCGGCGGGUGGCGGCGGCGGCGACGCGGCUUCGGGGCGGGGCGAGUCGUGGUCGAAACUGGUGCCCGUGUCGGCGCAGCACUUUUGCAGCUCGAUCGCCGAGCUCGAGGGCCACAUUGACCGGCGCAACCUGGCCCUCGACCCGCAGACGGUGUCGAUCCUCACGGCGCCCACCGAGCUGAGCUUUGACCAGAUCACCAUGGUGUGGUACUACCGCAGCCUGACGCCGGUCCGGUUCCGCAUCGGCGGCGAGCACCUGCAGAUCACGUCGCUCAAGGCGCAGGAGGUGGUGCCGGGCGUGCCGGCGUGCCUCAACGACGUCUUCCACCUGUCGGACGUCGACGACGUGCGCUCCGUCUCGGUGCGCGGCGACGACAACACGUUCUUCCUCACGUGCCGCAACGGCAGCAUGUCGUUCCUCUUCAACAGCCAGGACCGCGCCGAGAUUGUCCAGGCGCUGCGUCAGGCCAAGGCGCGCGUGUCCAAGGGCAAGAGCACCAAGUCGGUCGAGCGCACCGUGCGGCCGAGCGACGUUCCGGGCACGCUGCUCAACAUGGCCAUGCUCAACAUCACGAGCGACGACUACGCGCUGCGGCUGAGCGCCUACAACCUGCUGUGCGCCCUCAGCACGUCGUUCAACUUUGGCGCCAGCAGCGCGCGGCGGCGGCUGCUGUGCUCAAAGGCGCUCGCGCUGCCCGCCAACACGAUGGCCUUUGUGUCGGAGCUCAGCCGCGACUUUGCCGCGGCCGCGCCUGGCGUCACGCUCGAGUUCCUGCUGUCGUUUUUCGACGGCUUCGAGCGCGCCUCGCCCAGCCAGAAGACCAUGUGCCUGCACUACAUGUCGCCCUGGCUGCUCAACCUGGUCAUGUUUACCCACACGUCGCGCGACCAGCAGGCCGAGUACCAGAAACGGAUCAAGGAGAUCCUCAACAGCCUCAUCAGCAUCACGACCAAGCAGCCCGACAUGUACGCCAUCAUGCAGCGCUGCGUGUGGUCGCAGAUCAGCAAGCUCGACGACCUGAUCCCCGUCUUUCUCGAGGUGUUUGCCGAGGCGGCCAUGGACUCGGGCCUCCACACGGCGCGCUUCGAGGCCAUCCUGGACACGAUGGUGUCGUUUGCCUCGAUCAACCUGCGCGGGAAGCUCCUCGCCCGCCUGCGCCGCGCCAUCGCCAAGACGGCCCAGAACCCGACCGUGUCCAAGCUGCACGACAACGCCGCCUGGAAGGAGAUUGCCACGCUGACCCGCAUGAACAUGAUGCUCUCGUUCACCAGCGGCAUCGAGGCGCUCCUCUACCUGCCCGAGCUGCUCCACGUCAUCCUCCUCCUCGCCGGCAACGGCGUCGACGCCACGCGUUACUCGAUCUACGGCACCGCCGUCAACAUGGUCCACUCGCUCUGCACCGAAGACGCCCGCGAGGCCAAGCGGCCCGACGAGUCGAUCGCACGCACGCCCGAGGGUGUUGCCCGGCUGCGCGCCCUGCUCGAGCGCUUCGCCGAGCCCGAGUUUGCCCGCCUGUUUGGGCUGCCCCCUGCUGCCGCCGCGGCCACGACGCACGCGUUCAACGCGUCGGCCGACGUGGUGCGCGAGUCGCCCGACAACGACGCCAUCGAGCGCCUCGCCUCGAUCAUGUACGAGGUCGCCGAGAUGGCCGCGCCCACCGUCGACGCCGCCAACAGCUGGCGCGCGCGCCUCUCGAGCCUCGUCACCAGCACCGCGUUCCAGUACAACCCCAUCAUCCAGAGCCGCGCCUUUGUGCUGCUGGGCUGCCUGGCCCAGGGCGAGAUCGACGACGACCUCCUCUACCAGAUCCUCGUCUCGUUGCGCGGCAGCAUCAGCGAGUGGGCCCAGAGCAGCAACGACGCGCCCAUGAUCAGCAUCGUCACCUGCCUCAGCAAGGUCGUCAAGAUCCUCCCCACCCGCUCGCGCUACCUGCCGCAGAUGUUCUGGCUCGGCGUCUCGAUGGUGCAGUACGGCCACGUGCCGCUCUUCAAGGCGGGCGUCGAGCUCAUCUACGCCACCGUGACGAGCGUUUGCAAGCGCGGCAUCCCGGCGCGCGAGCGCACCGAGAUCAUCGCGUACCUGCUCGACGCGCGCUUCGAGUUCCGCGAGGCGGCGUGCAAGCUCGACGACGAGACGGGCGUCGACUUUGAGAUCAACUUUUCGUUUGGCAUGGCGGCGCUCCUGGUCAAGGGCCUGCGCCACCCGAGCACGCGCGAGGCCACCGCCGAGCUGAUGCAGGCGAUGCUCCGCUUCUGCGCCUUUGACGCCGCGGGCGAACCCAAGUCGCUCGGCGGCCAGAUCCACGCCAGCCAGCUGGGAUUCUUCAUCGGCCUGCUGCCCACCGCCACCAAGCCCGAAGAGUUUGGCCGGCUGCUGCAGCUCGCCGGCGUCGGCGCCGCCCAGUGCGAGGCGGCCGUCGAGGCGCGUCGCGCCGGCUACAACGGCCUGUUCGAGUACGUCGAUGUGCUCGAGAACAAGAUUGCGCUCCUCGUCGUCACCCUCGUCGCCUCGCUCCUCCAGCACGCCGAGUCCGACGCCGAGCGCCUCCUCCUCUACGGCUUCCUCGAGGAGUCGGCGCGCGAGGUGCCCGCCAUUGUCUCGAUCCUGUACGAUUCGCUGGCGCCGGGGAUGCGCGAGGUCUCGGUCAACUCGCAGAACGGGGCCAUCCUCGAUGCGGUGCACGGCAUCGCCCAGACGGCCGUCUCGGAGCCCGUGUUUGCGGCCCAGGCCCACGAGACGGCCAAGCGGGGCGGCCCUGGCGCCUACCUCGAGGAGAGCGGCUAUGCGAGCCUGCUCGAGUGCGGCGCCUUUAGCCCGCUCAAGGAAGGGCGGCGCCUGGUGCUCGCCAAGCUGUCGACGCAGCUGCUGGCCGGCCUGAUUGACGUCGGCACGACGUGA